UUAGGUUAGGUUAGGUUAGGUUAGGUUAGGUUAGUGUUAGGUUAGGUUAGUUUUAGGUUAGGUUAGGUUAGGUUAGGUUAUGUUAGGGUUAUGUUUAGUUUAAAUGCACCUGUGUGGACGAAACUAGUUUUUUCUGGUAGAUUUCGGUCUGUUUUGAAUGAAUGUGCUCUAAAUUUUUUAUCGCAAAUCAUUAGUCUCUUGGUUGGAAGGGGGGGGGGUAAAAAAUAUAAACGUGAUUUGCGAUAGAAAUGACACGCAUAUUCAUUCAAAACAGGCCGAAAACUACCGAAAAAAACUAGUUUCGUUCGGAAAUGCGAGACUGGUGAAGUGCUACAAAUUUACCGAUAUGAGGACGCCGCGACCCCGUGGAGUAAACUGUGGAGGAGCCGUACUACGCCAUCAGUGCAGUGACUCAGUGUUGUGUGCAGUGCAGUGGUGUGUUCAGUGCAGUGUGGUAGUGAGGGGGCUGUUCACUACGUCCUACGGGGUCGAGUAUGUGCAUGGGGAAGGCCAACUCUGACCCGACUGAGCACUUCGGCAAGCGCCGCACCAUGUGCGGCGCCAACUACUGGACGAGCGUGCAGAACUUCAUGGUGAGCAACAGGUUGGCCCAGCGCCUGCAUUUGCUGAAGCUCGUCGGGUUCUUCCCCGGGGACGUGCAGGCCGACCUGGACCGGGCCAAGGCAGAGGAGAAGGAGCACGACGAGGUGAUCUUGGCCCAGCUUGCCAGGGAGCUGGCCGACGACCAGCCGGACCCGCCGACGGACGAGUUGCUCGCCGCGGUCGGCAACUGCCGGCUACCUGGCCAGGAAGGUCCAGGCCAACUCUUCUGUGGCCGAGUGCUGCAAGCAGGAGCUUGCCCAGCAGGAGGAGAUGAAGAUUACCGUGGAGCUCGAGAGGGCGACCCGCCCUCUGUGAUGUUCGACGCCCUGGUCGAGCUGGUCGACAGGGGAGAGCUGGAGACGGGCCGGGCGGUCCUGAAGCGGCCAUCUUCCCAAUGGCCCACAUGGCGUCCUUCGGGAUGUCGCUGUGGGACUCCCUGAUGUGCAGGGAGGACAAGAAGGAGCGCAGGUUGAGGUUCCUCUCCCUUGCCAUGCGCCACAGGGACGGGUUCAGGCACCUCCUGGAGUUCCUGGCGGCCUCAGACCCGACCUUGCAGGGGUACAGGUGCCAGGAGGGGCACAACCUGGCCAACACCAUCUUGCCGCACAUCAGCAGGUCCCUCUUCAACUGUUUCGGUGCUAAUUUCUCCAAGGACGUGACCUCAGAAGCGAGGAAGAACAAGGCCUUGAAGCAGCCGACCGGCAGGAAGAGGAGCAGUAUCGAGGAGGGCAGGAAGGAGACGGCG